AUGUCUCACAGAAAGUAUUCCGCCCCACGUCACGGUUCCCUAGGUUUCUUGCCAAGAAAGAGAUGCGCAUCUCCAAGAGGUAGAGUUAAGUCCUUCCCAAAGGAUGAUAAGACUAAGCCAGUUGGUUUGACCUCCUUCCUUGGUUACAAGGCUGGUAUGUCCACCAUCGUCAGAGAUUUGGACAGACCAGGUUCUAAGUUCCACAAGCGUGAAGUCGUUGAAGCCGUUUCCGUCGUCGACACUCCACCAUUGGUCGUUGUCGGUGUUGUCGGUUACGUCGAAACCCCAAGAGGUCUAAGAUCCUUGACCACCGUCUGGGCUGAACACUUGUCUGAUGAGAUCAAGAGAAGAUUCUACAGAAACUGGUACAAGUCUAAGAAGAAGGCUUUCACCAAGUACUCUGCUAAGUACGCUCAAGAUGCUGCUCAAAUCGAAAGAGAAUUGGCCAGAAUCAACAAGUACGCUACCGUCGUCAGAGUCUUGGCUCACACUCAAAUCAGAAAGACUCCAUUGUCCCAAAAGAAGGCUCACUUGGCUGAAAUCCAAAUCAACGGUGGUACCACCGCUGACAAGGUCGCUUGGGCUAAGGAACACUUCGAAAAGACUGUUUCUGUCGACAGCGUUUUCGAACAAAACGAAAUGAUUGACGUCGCCGCUGUUACCAAGGGUCACGGUUACGAGGGUGUUACCCACAGAUGGGGUACCACCAGAUUGCCAAGAAAGACCCACAGAGGUUUGAGAAAGGUUGCUUGUAUCGGUGCAUGGCAUCCAAACCACGUUAUGUGGUCUGUUGCUCGUGCUGGUCAAAACGGUUUCCACCACAGAACUUCCAUCAACCACAAGAUCUACAGAGUCGGUAAGGGUGAUGACGAAGCUAACGCUGCUACCGAAUUUGACAGAACCAAGAAAACCAUCAACCCAAUGGGUGGUUUCCCUCACUACGGUGAAGUUAAGAACGACUUCGUUGUUAUCAAGGGUGCUAUUCCAGGUACCAAGAAGAGAGUUGUUACUUUGAGAAAGUCCUUGUACACUGACACUUCUAGAAGAGCCUUGGAACAAGUUACCUUGAAAUGGAUCGACACUGCUUCUAAGUUCGGUAAGGGUAGAUUCCAAACUCCUGCUGAAAAGCAUGCCUUUAUGGGUACUCUAAAGAAGGACUUGGAAUAA